AUGAUUAUAGUAUCAAGGAAGAUGUGUAUGGUGUGUCAACGUUCACCUUUUGUUUAUGAAGAUGUGGGACGUCAUAUGAGUGAGAAAACAAAAAAAUAUUUCCAAGCACCUAAUACUUUACUGAUGAACACCUUACAAAAGGUAAAUUCAGUUAUUAAAUUCCAGCAGAAUCAGUACAAAAUAAUGCAAAAAAAUGUGAGCAAUAUGCACGAACAUAUGGAUGAUAUAGCUGAUCGAUGCAAGGAAACUGCGAAGAUCUGCGAUUUUUUGGGGAAGAAUGUAAACUCAUUGGCUACAAAUUUACAGCACUAUCGUGGGAUGUUGCAGCACUUGAAUAGCUCAUUUACGGAUUAUGAGCAAAAUUUGAAAUAUUUUGAAGACAUUAGUGGGAUUGCCGAUGCAUCAGGAUCGAUUGAUUUGCAGCAUCAUUCAUCUAAAGACAAUAACGAAGAAUUGAGCAAAGCAAACACUUUUCCUCUUCGAAAUAGAUCUUUUAAUAGCAUUUUGUCGCCAAAUAGGCAAAGUUCAUCGAAAUGCAAUGCAGCAAUCAGCAAAUUGUUCAUUCCUUGUUUUAAUGCCGACGACAAUUUCUCAGUGUCAUGUCUUCAGUCAGUGAAGAAAUCUGGAAAUUUGACAGCGAUAUUUGAUCGUAGAGAUAAAAGUAAUGCAAUGAAGUUGAAUCAAACUAUUAAUAUUAGCAAUCCAUACAUGCAAUACAUAUCGCAAAAGAAUUCUCAUUUAUCAACAAUUAUUGAUCGAAAUUUUACCUGUUCGGCUGUGGCACAAAUUAAAAAGGAUGAAUUUAAUAUGCAACAAUUGAGAAAGAAAAAACGAUCAAAAGUACCGGAAGAUAUGCAAUUAUCAAAGAACGCAUUUAAAUUAAGAUCGAUUACGCAUGGAUUCUAUAACGUACGUGCGAAUUCUCGUAGCCAUUCACCACCUCAUAAAAGCACUCGUUCUGGUGAUAAUUAA